CAUCUCGUCCAUUCAAUCAGCCUCUUCCUUCGACUUCUCCCCUCGAAACGUCGAACGAUCGCGCCUUCCGAAGCAAAACGCACAAGUACGAUAGCUGGAAUACGCCGUACUUUGACUUUUCUUCAGCCGCUUUCCCCGAUUCACCAACUCUUUUGCAGUAGCAUACUCAACGAGUUUUUGCCGGAGAAACCAAAUGCUUUCAUAAUAAGUAGGAAUUAGACGGCUCCUCGACAACUCACCCGAGCAGAAGCGUUAUUCCCACAGACCACAUUCCUCAUAUCGAAGGCGUCGACCGUACGGAUGCCUUACACUCCUCCCUCCCAGCGAUCCCCAGCUGCGUCCGCCCCUCACUCUCCAAACCUCAGUCGUCGCUCGUCAUAUCAACCCGGCCAUUCGUCGGGUCCCGCUACCUCCAGUAGGCCUGAACUACCACGGUCAACCUCCUACCUGACGAGGACCCAUCGACGGACAACGUCGGUGAAGACUGCUUCCUUCCAACCUUCUCUCGAGCCAACACCCCCCGGAACCGCAGAAGACGAGUACAAUGAUACGAGCAGCUUAGCUGCUUUGAGCAGUCUCAGACAAUCCCCACCCCCAGUUACCGGCGACGCACAAAUACCUGUCGGUGCUGUUAUUUCACCACCGGACUCAGCAUCAAACUCGAGCGACGAUGAAGAGACAAAGGACGAGAGGGGUCGGCAAUUAGAAAACUUGGCAGAGCUACAAGCUGCCAUCAGGGUGAUUGAACAACAUCGGGAGAGCUCACCAAACCGGACGGCAGUGGAAGUCUCGAAAGCCAACCGAGCUUUGGCCUUGAUCAUGCCAACCGAGCCCAAGACUGACAACAAGCCAACGGCUGUCCACGUCGAGAAGUCAACAGUCGACACCCUUCGCAAGAUUGCCCACAACAGAUCAAAUACUGACUCCUCCAUCUACGUCAAUAUACAGCACACUCCCGAGACGUCACUCAGCCCAUCCGAUGAGGAGUCUGUUUCCGACGAAGAUGAACCAGAAAGGUCAAGGAGGAAACCGCAGAUGCUCAGGAAAAAGUCAGGCGAGCUGGUCAGACCAGCACUUCGACCUUCAUCAGCACGGCGGCGGCCUUCGAGUAUGCCUGGCACGCCGACGUUCUCUAAAGCUGUUCACUUUGAUUCCCACCUCGAACAUGUCCGGCAUUUCCUCCAAGUUGAUAGGCCAUUAGCAGUCAGCGCCGGCUCGUCGCCAGUCGAGGCUUAUGAGAGUGACAACGAGUUUCCCUUUGGUGAGGAUAACUCACGUGGUCCUCCUUUUGAGUGGGAGAUCGUGGUCUCCAACUUCCCUGCCGAGUCGCCUAUCCGACUCGCAAUGCCCGUGAGAGUCGAGAGGGUCUUCCUUUCUUCAGACAACAAGACUCUAGUUGGAUCAGUCGCUGUUGCUAACCUGGCAUUCCACAAGCAUGUCGUCGCUCGCUUCACAUUGGAUUACUGGAAGACCACGUCAGAGGUCAUUGCCGAAUUCAAUCACGACAUUCGCCAACCGAAGCGAGAGGGAUAUGACCGCUUUAACUUCAACAUCAAGCUUGCAGACCAAGCCAACCUUGAGGCGAAGACAAUGUUCUUCUGCGUGAAGUAUGCUGUUAACGGCAAAGAGUACUGGGACAACAACAAUUCCACCAACUACCAGGUUGACUUUAAGAAGAAGGCGAAGCCACAAAACGGCAAGAAGGGUAUGCAAGGUGCCGCUUCAAGACCAGUCAAUUCUCUACCCAGAAGCAACAAGAAGUCGCCGACUGAACGACCCAAGUCUAUGCCCGUUGCCUUUGAUGACUUUGCUGAUGGAUUCGAUGGCAAGUUCAAGAUGGAUGACUUCAAGCAACCUGUGCACGACUACCUCGGCGAGUCGGGCUCGCUUAGAUUGAAAGGAGUGAAGUCGGCCAUCAGCCUUGGAUCGGACAAUCUUACCCGACGCCUCGCACCACCCCACGGACAGGCCUUUGGUAAUCGAUAUGACUUUGGUGCUUCCUUGUCUGCAGCAAUCAGUGCUGCAAACACAGCGCUGGGUGAUAAGAGUGGCUUGGUGAUGAAGGCACCCCCCAAGAAGCAAUCAAAGAAGAUCAUCCCCGAUGCCGAGGAGACCUCCUCUCCACUUGCAAUGUCAAGCAACCAAUCAAUGAGCAAGACUGCUCCACUCCCGAAGAACCUUCCGGCCAUGGCUUCCUCCAGUGGUACGGACUCGCCUCGUCCAGCUGGUACUGAGAAGCCUAUAUUGGCUUCCCAAUCGUACAAUGAGUUGCUGGACAAGUAUUGUUUCGUACGUACAAACGAACACCACUGGAAAGCCCAGGAUGGUUGAGCUAAUUGAUACUACAGUUUGGAUCCGCGAAGCCUUCCCCACAGCUUAAGGACGGUACAUUACGAUCCGGUCAAUAUGAUGGUACCAACGAGGACGGGUAUAUUCUAGGCUCUGUUGACUCUUCGGCAAACAACUCGCCAGUUAUGAUGGAAAAGCGAUCACCACCACGAACAAAAGUUAGUACGCAGGCGUCUCGCUCUACUUCGCCAGCCCCCAUGACGGGCUUCGUUUCGGGUACGUCUCCGAUGUACCACAACUUGCAUGCUGGUUUUCUUCACGACACUCAUGCGGCCACAGCAAUUCGAGGUUAAAUUGGACGCUUCCCAUAUUGCACCAGUCACGAGAUGAACAAUGAUCAAGCUUUACGUUCACACGAACGAUUCUUUCCGACACGAUGAUACGGCCUUG